AUGGCCUGCAAAGCCUCUUUCGCUUUGUACCAUAACUUUCCCAAACUUGCUGAAGAAGCUGGUUUUGCAUUCAACACACAUCGUCCAAGAGUGCAUAUAGAAUGGAAUAAAAUACGUCUACUUGAUGUAGAUAGUCUGAUACGAGAGAAAAAGUUUAUAUUAAUUGAGCAACAUAUCAAUGAUAUAUUAGAUUGUGUUCUGGAAUCGGAAUUCGAUGUAAGGAUCCUGGAUGACGGGGUCGUCAAGAUAUUUCGUCUGGCACAACUUGCCGUGGAGUAUCAGCAGUUCUGCCGUCAUUACCUCGAUAGAAGUGUGUAUGUGUUGCGAGAAGAAAUAACGGCACUCGCUAAGGAAUUAGACAACUAUAAACGAAAUUUAAGAGACAAAGAAGAUGACAUGCGACGCCUUCGAAAACGCCAUUUUGUACGAACUCCUUUACCAGUCAAUAACGAGAAUAUAGCUACAAUGAUUCUUAAUAGUCUAAAGAAUCAAUCGAAUAUAUUUUCUACUCACACAGACGCGCACCACAAGUGUGUGUAUUGUGAUAAAGUGUUUUUAAAUCAACUUUACCUGAAAAGCCAUGUAUCAAGACGUCACCCGAAUGCAACGGAAAUACCAGAGAGAGAUACAGAUAACCCACAAAUACCAGACGAAAGUAAACUUCAAUCGGAAAUAGAUAAUUUAAAAAGUAAAUUACAUGAAAUGGAAACUAUGUUAUUACAGAAAGUGACAGAACCCGAACAAAAACCAAUUGAAACGAAAAAAGAAGAGAAACAAAUGAAAGAUGCUGAAGUUCUGACAAAUAUUGAUGUUGAGAAUAAAAUAGAAGAUUAUAGAAAGCAGGAAUUUGAUAAAUAUGACAAAGAAUUAAGUUUAUUAAGAGCGCAAAUAUCACAAUUAAUGGACGCAGGGAAGAAAAAUGAAAACACAAAAGUUGAUAAUGAUAAUAAGCUUAUUGAAAAACUGCAUUUGACAAUCAAACAGCAAGGCGAAGAGCUGGUGUCGCUUAGACAGGAGCUGAUAAAUUCUAAACAGACAAAUGAUUACAUGGAAAAUGAAAGAAAGAAGGAUAUAGAAUUGAAAAUGGCCAAUUGGGCUAAAAAACUAGACGCUCAAUCGAGGGAAUGCCAAACGUUGGUACAAAAAUUAAAUGAAACGGCCAAAGAAGUACACGAAUACAAAGUUCUUGCUAAAGCAGAAAGAGAGAGAGCUUCACAACUAGAGGAACUAUUAAAUAAACAGCAACUUAUUAAAACUAACAAUUUAAUGGAGGACAGCCCAGUUAAGCAGAUUAACAAUGAGAAAGAGAAAGUGAAGUCAAAGAAAAUCAAGCCAACACCCGAUCGAGUCAUGCUAGAAAAAUUGCAGAAGCAAGCACAGGAUCUACUCAAUAUUGUACAAAGCAGUACAGAUUCAAGUGAUGCAAACGAUAGUUUACCCAAACAAAUUAACAGCAAAGUUAAAGAUCUGAAAGAUAAACCAACUGAUAGUCCUAUUACGAAUCAUUACCAAAAGAAAUCAGCAGACAAAAAAGCAGCGAGCAAAAUGCGUGUUAAAAUUUUAAAUGGGAAAAGUAAAAAAACAAAAAUAGGGAAGGAAAAUGGAGUGGUCACACUGCCUGUUAGUCCAGUAAAAGUUGUACGAGCUAAAAUAACAGAAGAAGUGAACCAACGAUUGGUACAACUUGGAGUCGAUCCUCUUAAAAAUAGACUUCCGAGAAACGCAUUUCAAAAGCAAAGGACAAUGUUGCAAGAGCAACAGGAAAUAAAAACGAAGAAAUUUCCUACAAGAGAGAAGAUUUACCAUUCUAUUCUGACGCAUUUAGACACUAACACGUCUCAAGAAGGUUUAAACCAACAAGAGGAUCUAGAAAAAGCAUCGCCUAGUAAAACUAAAACCUUCAGUCUGGCCUCUGUAAUAUCGAAUGUCAAAACAAAAGCAUUAUCUCUUGUAAAACCCAACGAUGCUAUAAACAAAAAGAAAAAUUAUCCAGUCACUGAGAGAGCAAUGGCUCUACUUAAAACAUCUCCCAGUUCAAUGCAAUCGAGUCCUAGAAAUAUUCAAGAGAUAAAAUCACCUAUUCGUUAUGGAACACAAAAAAUAACGAAGGAAAAUAAAAUGAAACAUGUUGAAGAAGAUAGUGAAUCAGAGUCUAGUGACGAUUCGGAAACAGACAAUGGCCCAAGACAAUAUUGUAAAAAAAUAACAGAUGAUACAAUAAUCCAUCAAUCACCACAAUCUACUCCUAAAAAAGCAGAUAAAAGAAACUCAGAAAUUAUUUCCGCUAAAAAACCCGAGUCAAAUCAAAGUAAAUAUAUUAAUAAUGAUCUUACAAGUGACGAUAUAGAAUCAAUAGAGGAUAUUGUCUCGCCACGAAAGGCGUUUUCUGAAGAAAACUUAAUUAAACAAACAAAAGGUGUUUUAAGAAAUGCAUCGUCCACCUCGUCGUUGAACAAGAAGAAAGUGUUGUUUGAUAUGGACGCAAUUCAAAUGAAGUCUAUAAGCGCGUCUCCAUCUCUGAGUAUAGCUGAAAAAAGCGAUAAUGAAAAUUAUACGUUGGGAAUUAUUAAUUUAGAUGCAGAUGAAUGGGAUCCAUCAAGCAAUGAAAAUGAGAAUCAAAUUAAUCCGACUAUCCAAGUAACAACUCGGACAACUCCACGCAUAGCGGAAUUAAAACAGGUCAUAGAGUCCCAAAUGGCGCGCAGAGUUCAAACGCCGAGUACUGUUUUGGCGGGAAGUGUUAACAUUUUACCGUCGCCUGUUCCAAUGGCAAGAACAAGUUUAGGAGGCAGCAACACAAGCCUAGGGAGCUCCAUAUUGGAUGAGAGCGACAAUUUAUCAAUUACAAAUAAAAAUAUGACGAAUAAAAUAAAGAAAGAUGAUAGUGAAAUUGAUUUAUCCGAAUUGUUAGGUGACGAUAAAAGUGACAAUAAAUUUUAA